UCCAAAAUCCCAAGACAACCAAGAAUCAGAAAGCCCAACUUCCCAAAACUACCAAUACCACAAUACCUGCACCUGAAAUGGCCUCUCUUCUUCAUCUUCGUCAUCCACACUCUGUCUUUAAUCUCUCUUCUUCCUCUCCCACUCUACUCUUUCACCACUCUCCUCAUCACAUCCCUCUUAAACCCUCUCACUCCACCUCUAUCACCCUUAAACCCUUCCACUUCAGACCCCACACUGCCCCAUUUGCUCUCACUGACUCUGACUCCCCCAAGUCCCUCAGCCCCAACCCCGAAACCCCGCAAACCCUUCUCCAAGAACUUGCUGAUAGUUUUGCUCUUCCAUCGGAUUACUUUGCUCAACUUCCUCGUGAUCUUCGUUUAGAUCUGAAUGAUGCGGCUUUUGAUCUUUCAAGUGGGCCAGUGAUUGAUGAGUGUGGGCAAGAGCUGGGAGAGACUUUGUUAAAUCUAUCUCGAGCAUGGGAACAAGCUGAUACAUCAAGUUCCAGUACUUUAGUGAGCAAGCUCCCUUCAUUAGAAGGCUCUUUGACCGAUAAUGCCAAGACAGCAUUUGGCAAGCGAUUGGUAUCUGCUGGAAGAAGAUUUCAAUCCAUGGGGCAGUAUGGUCAAGGUGAACUACAAAGGAUUGCAAAAGCAAUGACUACGACUGGGAAGCUCCUGUGUGCAAGUUCAGUGUCUGCAGAGACCAAUGUACAACCAAAAGAAGAAACUAGGAUGCUGAAGUUUGGAGAACUUCAGGUUGCUUUAACAUCUGAUAAAGCCAACAUUGGGGCUGCAAUUGGUUUUGUUUUUGGGAUACUCUCAUGGCAACUAAGUCAGGGCGUCCAAAGCAUACCUGAGAGCUCAUUGCAGUAUGCAAAUGAUAAUGCUUUGCUUCUGGCUAAGUCUCUAAGGGGAGCUCUACUUGCAAUUUGCUACUCAUCAACAGCCUUGUCUGCCUUAGCUACUGUGGGGCUUAUUUUGCUUGCAAGAGAGCUCAAGUCAGGGGAAAAAUGAGCAUUUCACUGCUACUGUCUUGCUUGUAAGUGCUAAUGUGUUUGCAUAGCUUUAGUGUAUGAGUUCCAACAAUGGGGAUGACGUGAAGGAUCUGGAACCUGUAAAUGAUCUAAAAUGAUUUUUAAAUGUUCCAACUAUGUGGUUAAAGAACUGAAAUUGUAGCAUCCGCUUGAUUGAUUCAGUAAGUUAUCUGGAACUGUACCAGUUGAGCAUUUUAUUUGUGGGGGAAACUUUUUGUCUCCCUCCAUUGUGUCUCACAACUUGCAGGUUCUAUCCUGUUUUAAAUCACAAUUGUUAUGUUUCUCUA